GUUUGGGAUAUUUUAGAAUACAGUAACCUAUGAUGAUGUGCAUGUUGACUUCACUGGGGAAGAGUGGGCUUUGCUGGAUCCCUCCCAGAAGAAUCUCUACAAAGAUGUGAUGCUGGAAACCUACAGGAACCUCACUGCUAUAGGCUACAGUUGGGAAGACCAUAUUAUUGAAGAACAUUGUCAAAGUUCUAGAAGACAUGGAAGGUAUGAAAGUAGUCAUACCGGAGAGAAAACCUCAGAAUAUAGUAAAUGUAGUAACGCCUUCACAUAUUACAGGCAUCUUCAAAGGCAAGAAAGAACUCAUGCUGGAGAGAAACCCUAUGAAAAUAUUCGAUAUGGUGAAAGCUUUAUAUAUCACAGUAAUCUCCGAAGAUCUCAUACUGGAGAGAAACCCUAUGGAUGUAAUCAAUGUAGUAAAUCUUUUGCACAUCACAGUAGUCUCCGAGUACAUAAAAGAACACAUACUGGAGAGAAACCUUACAAAUGUAAUCAAUGUGGUAAAGCCUUUGCCUAUCACAGUCAUCUUCAAAAACAUAAAAGAACACAUACUGGAGAGAAACCCUACAAAUGUCAUCAAUGUGGCAAAGAUUUUGCAGAUCAAACUCAUCUUCAAGUACAUAAAAGAACACAUACUGGAGAAAAACCCUAUGAAUGUGAUCAAUGUGGGAAAGCCUUUUCACAAAACAGUAGUCUUCAAAUACAUAAAAGAACACAUACUGGAGAGAAACCCUAUGAAUGUGAUCAAUGUGGGAAAGCCUUUUCACAAAACAGUAGUCUCCAAAUCCAUAAAAGAACACAUACUGGAGAGAAACCCUAUGAAUGCAAUCAAUGUGGUGAAGCCUUUGCAUGUUACAGUAGUCUUCGAAUGCAUAAAGGAACACAUACUGGAGAGAAACCCUAUGAAUGUAAUCAAUGUGGUAAAGCUUUUGCACAUCAUAGUAGUCUCCGAGUACAUAAAGGAACACAUACUGGAGAGAAACCCUAUGAAUGUAAUCAAUGUGGUAAAGCCUUUUCAUGUCACAGUAGUCUCCGGAUACAUAAAAGAAUACAUACUGGAGAGAAACCCUAUGAAUGUAAUCAGUGUGGUAAAGCCUUUUCAUGUCACAGUAGUCUCCGGAUACAUAAAAGAACACAUACUGGAGAAAAACCUUAUAAUUGUAAUCAAUGUGGUAAAGCCUUUGCACGUCAAAGUCAUCUUCAACUACAUACAAGAACACAUACUGGAGAGAAACCCUACAAAUGUCAUCAAUGUGAUAAAGCCUUUGCAUGUAGCAGUAAUCUUCGAAUUCAUGAGAAAAAGAAAUCAUUCUGCAGAGAAAGCCUUUAAAUAUAAUCAGUGUGGUAAACUUUGUACUUAAUUGUAGUCUUUAUAAAUGAGUAAAACUUUUAGUGUGUAAUUGUCUGUUCAAGCUUUUACAUAUCACAGUAACCUUUGAGGACCUGAAAAAAAAACUAGUACAGAAGGGUAUCUGACUGUAAAGGAUUUGGUAAUAUCUUUAGCCAAUACACUUACAUUUAGUUAUAUAAUAUUAUUUUGCAGAAAAGAUCUGACAGGUGUCAACAAUCUGUUCAAGCAUUAUACAAGGAAGUAACCCAUUUAGAUUUCAUACUUCUCUUCAAUUACAUGAACUAAUUCAUGCAGGUGUUAAACUUUAUGGAUGUGUAUCAGUGCCUUUUCUGUUUCUGUGAUAAAACCUAAUAUCUAAGUCAACUUACAGAAUAGUUUAAUUUGGCCCUUGGUUGCAAAGCAAUACAGAAUCACUAUGAAAAUGGCAUGGCAACAAUUGUCAGAUGUGAUAGGUAAAUCAGAAAGCUAAAAACUCACAUCUCCAACCUCCACCAUGAAACAGAGAAUAGGAUCUGAAAAUAGUAUGCAAAUGUAAACUGUCAGGCUCACCCACCCCCAGUGACAUAUUUCUUACAACAGGACAGCAUUUCCUAAAUCUUUCCAAAUGAUACCACCAAAAAGAAGGAUUAAUUUCUCUGACUUCAAGUCUACAUGCUUGCUUUCUGUUACAUGAACCAAUUAAUGAUGAAGAAAAGUUCUGUAAAUAAAUCUUCAGAUGCCUCAACACCUGUGUUACAGUAUUGAAUACUUAUAUGAGAAAAACAUUCAUGAGUAAAAAAAUU